AUGCCUGUCUCCACCAUGGGCCGAAAAAGUGCAGACAACUUUGAUGGAAAGAAAGCAUACCAAGCACAGGAAGAAGAAGGAGUCCCAUUCUUCGACGAUGGGCGAGAGAUUGAGUUACUGCACUUCGUAUACGGUCAUCCGUCAAUAGAAGAGAUCCGGAAUUCUCCACAGAGAGUGCUGGAAGCCAUUGACGAAUACGGUCGCACCAAGAAGUAUCUCAUGAACGUUGGUAACGAUAAAGGGAAGAUCGUUGCAGACUUGAUUGCGGAGCGGAAGCCUCAAGUAAUGGUAGAGCUUGGUGGAUAUGUAGGGUAUUCUUGCAUUUUGUUCGGGGACGCUGUGAGACAAGCGGGAGGCAGAAGGUAUUUCAGUCUGGAAAGGAACCCAGAAUUUGCGGCUGUGAUCAUGUCGCUGGUAGACCUGGCGGGUUUGAGUGACACGGUCAAGGUCGUCGUGGGUUCCAGUGCCGACUCGAUCAAAAGACUCCACGCGAGUGGUAUUCUCACGCAGGUCGACCUAAUGUUCCUCGACCACUAUAAGCCAGCGUAUACCACUGAUCUUAAACUUUGCGAGCAUUUAAAGCUGGUGACUCCGGGAGCGGUUCUGGCCGCAGACAAUGUCAUCAAGCCAGGCAAUCCACCAUACCUAGAAUACGUUCGGAGCAGUGUGUCAAGUAAGCAAAAACAGUACGAGUCUGGUGAGACGAACGGAGUCGAAACCACUGGCUUUGGAGACAGAUGGAAGGAUCAAUAUAAAACCCGCGAAGGGGAGGAAAAGUUGAGCACGGAAAUUAAAGGGAAUCCAAACUUGGUAUACGAGAGCGAGCUUGUCAAUAGCUACGAACCGACAGGUGUACCGGACGGUAUCGAGAUCACAAGAUGUAUUGGAGAAGUCGAAGUCGAAAUGAACGGAAAAAGGAACGACUUACGGCAAUCUUAG